GCCUGGUGCAGGUGCCUUUUGGCUGGGCCGGAAGUUUCCUCAUCCCUGCCCAGAGGCCUCUGCUCGAAACUUUCUACUUCCAGACUGGAGUGUCCUGCAGGGAAUUAAGGCCGGGAGCAGACCUAGUCCUUGGCUCUGGCUCUCUGCCCCACCACAUGCUCACAUGCUCUCUCAGGCUGCGCUAAGCGGUGUCAUGAGUCUGGGCCAGGUGGGAGAUUAAUUCCUGGGGACGCUUCAGAGCUGAGAAGGAAAUAAAAAAAAAUAAAUAACAGGUCUAGGGCCACCCACAGAGAGGGGCAGCUGCCAUCCUUGGUAGUUCCUACCUCCUAGGAGACAGUGACAUAGCCGGUCAAGAGGCCAGGCUGAGAAAGACAGCCUAAGGGGGGCCUGGGCAGAGCUGCCCUCUGCCAAAACCUAGCUUCAGCCAAGCAGGCUUCAGCCUCUUAGCUCCUCCUCCUCAUCGCUGCUGCCCUCACCGCCCCCCAAACAAGGAGACACUUAACACCCCUGCUCCGCAGCAGGAGUCCACCCCUCCAGACUUUGGCCUUAGCUGUAGCGAGUGUGGGAGCAAAGUCUGGAUGAAAAAGCUUCACACGUUGUGUGCCUGCCUGCCUGCUUUGCCCAGAGGUGAGUGGAGCGGUGGGAACGGGCCGGGUGCUCGGAAAAGACUUGCUAGGGACGGCAUGUGUUGGUCGUUCAGGCUUCCAGCUUCACGCGCUGUCCUCGCACAGCAGCCCUUUGAUCUCCCACAGUGCUGAGAUGGCCCUGGUGGGUAUCACAGCGCAGUCUGCUAAAUGAGAAAACAGGUUCCAAGACAGUGCAGGUGUGCAGCUUCACUUUGAGGCCACCAGGGCUGAAAUGCAGGGCUCUCGACUCCAGAAGUAAGGCAAGGAUGGAUGCAGAGCGUCUUGGUGUUCCUGGAUUAGUAGAAGGUACAGUGGUACCCCAGGUCCCUCUGCUCCCACACAACACGUUUGUCCAAAGAUCCAGCUCAGGUUGAUUUCAUUAGCUACAAACGUUAGCUUGUUUGCUAGUGUGUGCCCGCAUCUGUUUGGCACAAUAAGCCAUAACCUGCCAAUCAUCUGCCAAGCAGAUGGUUUCUUGGUUUGUCUGCUCAGACCAGACAUUUCCAGCGUAGUAGUCGGUAGGGGCCAGGGCUGAAGGGGCAGAGGGAAUGACAAGCUUUCCCGCCCAGUCUAGGCUGCCAUCUGCAGGGCACCGCAUCUAACCAUGUGGCUGCCUCUGCUCCUGGGUGCCUUGCUGGGGGCAGUGCUGUGGUUGCUCAGAGACCGGCAGAGACUGCCUGCCAGCGAUGCUUUCAUCUUCAUCACUGGCUGUGACUCGGGCUUUGGGCGCCUUCUGGCACUGCAACUUGACCAGAAAGGCUUCCAAGUCCUGGCCAGCUGCCUGACCCCCUCUGGGGCAGAAGACCUACAGCAGAUGGCCUCCUCCCGCCUCCACACAACACUGCUGGAUGUCACCGAUCCCCAGAACGUCCAGCAGGUUGCCAAGUGGGUAAAGACACACGUUGGAGAAACUGGGCUUUUUGGUCUGGUGAAUAACGCUGGCGUGGCUGGUGUCAUCGGGCCUACACCAUGGCUGACAAGGGAUGACUUCCAGCGCGUGCUGAAUGUGAACACACUGGGUCCCGUCGGGGUCACCCUCGCCCUGCUGCCUCUGCUACAGCAGGCCCGGGGCCGGGUGGUCAACAUCACCAGCGUCCUAGGUCGUCUAGCAGCCAAUGGCGGGGGCUACUGUGUUUCCAAGUUUGGCCUGGAGGCCUUCUCGGACAGCCUGAGGCGGGACGUGGCUCCAUUUGGAGUAAAAGUCUCCAUCGUGGAGCCUGGCUUCUUCAGAACCCCUGUGACCAGCCUGGAGAGUCUGGAAAACACACUGAAGUCUUGCUGGGCCCGGCUACCACCGGCGACACGGGCCCAUUACGGGGAAACCUUCCUCACUUCUUAUACAGAUCUCCAAGUGCAGCGCCGGGUCAUGAACCUGAUCUGUGACCCAGACCUGGCGAAGGUGACCAGCUGCCUGGAGCAUGCCCUGACUGCUCGUCACCCCCGAACCCGCUACAGCCCGGGCUGGGAUGCCAAGCUGCUCUGGCUGCCUGCCUCCUACCUUCCGGCCGGCCUGGUGGACGCUGUGCUCACCCGGGUCCUUCCCCGGCCUGCACAGUCAAUCUCCUGAUUCCAACUUUCCAGCAAAGGGCUGAUUGUGAAGGGCAAACCAUGUAUUUCUGUCUCCACUCUGGCGCUGCCUGGUUCCUGGCUCAAA